AUGCUGGUAGACCACACCAUUGUCAUCAUUGUCGCCAUCAUCCACCGGAAGAAACCUGAAGAGGGGGCUCUGCAGAAAGGUAGCCCUGAGGUGGGGGCGGGAGAGGGGAUUCCCCUGGUGGUGGCUCAAGGGCCCCCCCCUGCCCUCACCCCCACCCUGCCCAGGCACCGCCUCUUCACCAUGGGAACCUGCCUCUGCAAAGGUCAUAAAGAAUACCUCCAGAGCGCCACCGACCCCGCCGUGCCAGUACUGCAGUCCCGUGCUGAGGUUUGUAGUGUGAAAGUGUCGGAGGGGGCACAGGGGAGCUUUGAGGGUGGUCACCAGUCAUCCGGCCUCACUUCAGACGGAAGGAGUGACAACGGUUACAGCAUCGCAGAGCUGGCAACUUCCUCCCUGAUAGGUCUGGUGGCCACCAUUAAAGAGCACAUCACCAAGCCCACAGCCAUGGCUCAGGGUCGAGUUGCGCACCUCAUCGAGUGGAAGGGGUGGAGCAGUGGGGGAGCGACUGGGUGUGGCUGGGGGAAGGAUGGGUGUGGCUGGGGCGGGGUUGGGGCGGAGCUGCAGGAGGACCAUCAGUUCUACUCACACCUGGCUGACGAGAUAAAAGAGGCUCGCUUUGCUGCAGGAGUGGCAGAGCAGUUUGCCCUGGCUGAGGCUGCUAUAUGUGCCUGGUCCCUGCAGGAGCGGCCUGAGGAGCCCAAUGGAACCUGCGCUCCUCUACAAGACACUGCUGACCUCCUCCUGUCUCGGUUCCUAUUGGAUGGCGGGAGUGUUGGCGUACCCCAGCAUCUCUAUAACCUGAACCCGGAUGCCAGCCAAGACUCCAGCUCUCUUCCCCAGCAGUUGUCCACCCCCUCCUGCUCCUCCAGCUCCCACUGGCAGCCGGACGUACAGCGCCCCCUGCAGGUGCGGAGGACCUCGCCCCUCGACAGCUCAAUUCGACAAGCAGACAGCGGCUCUCUUUCUGAGGAUGAAGUUUUUUACAACUAA